AUGGAACUUUUGAUAAAAAUUGUAUUACAACUAAUGGGGAAUACGAUCGGAACUGUUUUAAACCCUAUGUUCCCUAUCAAAAUGCUAUUAAAAACAUAUUCACUAUGUAUUUUAAUGGUUGAUGUUGUAUGGGUUGUUGUUAACACAAAUUAUGCAAUUCUUCAAGCAGUUUAUGGUUUUUUUAAUCCUCCACCAUUAAAGUCUGUAAAACUCGAGACUGCUCUGGUAAUUGGUUCAGGAAGGGGAGUAGGUCGUCAAAUAGCAAUCCAGUUAGCUGAACUUGGUGCAAUUGUUCUCUGUGUUGAUAAGAAUGUUGCAAACAAUGAAGAAACAGUUAAAAUGAUAAAGAGCAAGGGUGGUAAAGUUUAUAUUUAUGAAUGUGAUAUAAUUAAGAGAGAAAAUGUUACAGCCAUGUCUGAACAAGUGAAAAGGGAUGUUGGAUUUGUAAGCAUGCUAUUUUACUGUUGCGGUAUUCCAAGCCCUAGGUCCCUGUUGACACAACCACCUCAAGAUAUACAUGAAACGUUGGAUCUAACUUUGACUUCAUACUUUUGGCUGAUUGAGCAUUUCAUGCCUGAAAUGAGAGCAAAGAAUCACGGUCACAUAGUCGCCCUAACCUCUGUAGCUGGCUUGAGCUAUAUAAAGGAUCAAAUGCCUUUGAGUGUAGCGCAGUUCGCUGUUCAGGGUCUUGCCGAGUCUUUGAUGGAGCAUUUAAGAAUCACUAAGACUGAUGGUGUAUAUGUCACUCUAACUCAUAUAUAUCCUUUCAUUGUAGAAGACAGUUCAAAUUUACGAUUAAGAAUAUCGAGUUAUUUUGGAACGAUAACACCUGAAAAUGCGGCCAAGUCAAUUCUGGACAGUGUACGACGCAACUAUCCAGAGGCAUCUGUACCAAAACACUUACUGUACCUUGGCCACACUCUUAGAAUAUUGCCCAGAAAGGCGACAGUACUCAUCAGAGAUUUACUUGAUACUGGAGUAGAUUUUGCAUGA